UUAAACAUCAUGUCCGCGCAACCAUGGACUGCAGCCUAUGCAGCCAACGAAGCAGUAUGGCUAGCCAGCGAUGCAAGCGCUGGCGACAAACAAAAUGCAUGGCGCGCACAAAAAUUGUUACUGGCACACGCUACAUGCAACCUAAAUGAAGCCAACCAUUUUGAUGUGCUUAAACAGCAUCAGGAUAAACGUGAAAAUGACAGAUGCACGGAGACGUACAUGCAAGAAUGUUUAAGUGGAUGUCAAGGGCUGCUGGACCAGAGUCGUCGUCGACGUGCCGCUACUGGAAUGCCCGUGGAAUGGUCCGUACCCCUUGAAAGUGCGUUCGAGCGUCACUGUCGGGGCAGAUAUGAAAGCUGCAUACAUGAUGAAAUCACAACAAACGAACUACAACGUCCUAUGGCCAACAGCAACAGGACACCACUCAACCCGCCAGUGUCCACAGCAACAGCGUCUCCAGCUUUCGAUGGAUUUCGUACGGCACGUGAACAAUUAAUGCUGCAUGAUAUGAAGAAGAACAAACAAAGUGUUGCAGCUGGAACUGGAUUAGGCAGUGGUGCAGGUGGUGCUGGUGGAGCACCCAGUGAUAUCAUGAACUACAGAAAAAAGUCGCUGGGUGGACGGGGACGAAGUGUAAAUGCCAAAUUUGUGCAGCCCAUUGGACAAAAUGAUGCUAAUGUUGCUGCUGUGCCUGUGAAGCAGGAUGAACAGGCUACGCCUGCCGUGGCAGUGCCACCCUCUUUGGCACAUUUGGAUCCCCUAAUGGUUGAACAUAUUAUGAGAGACAGCAUGCAUAAAUACAAGCCAAUAGCUUGGGAGGAUAUAGCCGGACUGGAGUAUGCUAAAUCAACAUUUAUGGAAACCAUCAUACAUCCCCUACAGCGUCCAGAUCUGUUCAAGGGUGUGCGUCGUCCGCCACGCGGUGUUUUGUUGUUUGGCCCACCUGGCACUGGAAAAACUCUAAUAGCCAAGUGCAUUGCGUCUCAGUCAAGGGCAACGUUCUUUAGCAUCAAUCCGUCCUCGCUAACCUCCAAGUGGGUGGGCGAAGGUGAGAAACUGGUCAAGACGCUAUUUGCUGUUGCCGCCGUACAUCAACCAGCCAUUAUAUUUAUGGAUGAGGUGGAUUCAUUGUUAUCGCAGCGCUCGGAUAAUGAGCAUGAAAGCUCAAGGCGAUUGAAAAACGAGUUUUUUAUACAAUUAGAUGGCGCGGCAACGAACGAAGAUGAUCACAUUGUUAUCAUCGGUGCUACUAACCGCCCCCAGGAGCUUGACGAAGCCGUUAGACGGCGGUUUGUGCGACGUAUCUACGUUUCGCUACCUGCGGCGCCAGCCCGUCAACAGAUAAUUGAGAAACUUAUACAACAAGUGCAUCAUAACCUUGACGAAGCACAGGUUCAAGGGCUAGCUGAGUUAACUGAAGGGUACUCGGGCGCAGACAUGGAUAGCCUGUGCCGUUAUGCGGCCAUGCAGCCGCUGCGAGCUCUAAGUAGCUCAGAGAUAGACGCAAUUGACGCACAGCAGCUGCCUGCCGUAACCAUGUCGGACUUUAUGUGCGCACUGCAGCAUGUCUCAAAAAGCGUCUCACCGGAAGAUGUGGAGCGUUACGUGGCGUGGAAUGAAAUUUAUGGCAUUAAGCGUUAAAUAAGAACAACAAUGCUGAGUUUUUCUGACGCUUUAUUGAUAUCCUUGUUGCGAUAUUUUCGCCUAUAUAUUGACAGAAAUUAUAAUUUUCGGAUUUGCGAACAACUUCUGU